CUAAACACAUCUUCCUCCCUUUUAUAAAGCUUUGCACUUCCCUUCAAGCCUCAACAAAGCUCUAGCCUUCUUAACAACUAGAAGAAGAUCACCAUCUUAAACAAGAAACCACAAUUUACAAUUUAAUAAUGGCUUUAGACCUCUUAUCACCUGACCAUUCAGAAGAAGACUACAUAGACAUGGAAGUUAGUUCGUACUCGAACUUCUUCUGCAACAACUCCGCGACCUCUUCUUCUCCUCCUCCACAUAACCCAAGAGAGUUUGAGUUUCAAAUGUCAAACACAACAAGAGAGAGAGAGCCAACAACUUCUCCGGCGGAUGAGCUCUUCUACAAAGGGAAACUCCUUCCGCUUCACCUUCCACCGCGCUUACAAAUGGUCGAAAAACUACUUCAAAACUCCAACAUCUCUUCAUUUGAUCAUAUAAGAGAUGAAAACACUUUUGAUCAUGAAUUCUUCAGCACCCCACUAAUGACGACGGCUCCAACACCAACUGCAACUAGUACCCCAUAUGAGUCGUGCAAUAUCUCGCCCUCGGAGUCUUUUAGGAUCAGCAGAGAGAUAAACCCUGAAGAGUACAUGUAUGAAUACUCAACAGAAUUUAGUGGCUUCAUCAAUGGAGAAAACCCCAAGAAGUCUUUGGCAAAGAAGCUAAAGCAGUCCUCACUUGGGUCAAAGCUCAAGGCUUCAAGGGCUUAUCUCAAGUCCUUGUUUGGUAAAUCUGGUUGCUCGGACGAGUCAAGCACGGCAGCUAGGAAAGUCGCGGAUGAAGGUUCAGCUCUGAAAUCACAGGAGAGUUCUAGGAGAUUUGUGAAAAAAGAUAACAAGAAGAAUCCAUUUGGGCAAAUUCAAAGAGACGAACACCAAACACCAAACACCAAAGAAAAGAUUGUUGACUCCGGUCGCCACAGGAGAUCAUUCUCACUGGCUCUUAGCAGACAUUCAGCAAAUAAGCCUUCAUCUUCUUCAUCAUCAAUAUCAUCCGGUUUCUCUUCUUCCUCUUCUUCUUCUUCAAGUUCAAACAAUUCAAAUGGUGUUCAUGAAUCAAAGUACUUCAAGAGAUGUGGAAGCGCAAACUAUUCGGAGAUUGAGAACUCGAUUCAAGGAGCUAUUGCUCAUUGCAAGCAGUCUCAGCAGCUGUUUUGUCAAAGAAAGGCUUCACGUGAAGUUGGGUUAUGUUCAAUGGCAGCUUCAAGAAUUGGUGUUUGUGAGGAACAAGAAAAACCAGACCUUUGCAGAGGCUGA